AUGAAGCUUUCUUCGACCUCUACCCUCGUCGCUGCACUUGUCGCCAGUGUCCAUGGCGCCAGCAUUCCUCGAACCCAAGGCUCAGUCCCCAUCACCUUUAUUGGUGCAGCCGAUGCCCAGUUUACUCAGGACUUUCCAACAGAUGGAAGCAGCGUCGCCAUCACCAACCCUCUGAGCAUCUCCCACAUCGCCUCCAGCACCAACGGUGUCUCAUGCGUUUUCAAUGGCGUUGACAACAGCGUCACUGUUGUGUCCGAUGCAGAGACUGUAGACGUCGGGCCUCCCCAGACACAGACCUCGGGUGCAUGCGCCGUUGGCUCAGUUCCUCCCGGCCAGUCUGAGCCUCGGUCAUCUGGCCAGGAUGUGGUCAUCACAUUUAUUGGCGCAGCAGAUGCUGAGUUCACUCAAGUCUUCCCAACCAACGGGGUCGCGACUCAGAUCUCGAACCCUCUCAGCAUCUCUCACAUCGAAUCUAACGCACCUGGUGUUUCGUGCACCUUCAAUGGCAUUGACAACAGUGUUACCACCGUCAGCGGUGUCCAGACUGUUGACGUCGGUCCUCCCCAGACCCAGAUCUCUGGUACCUGCCACCAGCUUUGA